AUGGGGGCAGUGCCACGCGGCGUAGCUCCUCUCCACAUCAGAGCCUUUGUCUUCUGGCCCAAGCUGUCAGACAUGAACCUGUUCUGUUUCACACUGGAGGGCUCUACAGAAAGCAUGUAUGAGCCAGCCUACAGCCCCACGGUCCAAGAGGUGCGCCCCAAGUUCCAGUGCAGUCCGGCCCUGCUGCGGAGGAGGCCAGAGUGGGGCGGAUCAGACCCGUCCAUCAACUGCAGCAAAUCCCAGAGCACAAAAACAAAAAGAAACAAUGUUAGGUCAUGUUUUGUAACUUCAGCCUUGGACAAUGAAACAAUAGAUAUUCACAGUGCGUGCUGGAUUUCAUCUGGUGAUAAAAAGGACCUAGCUCAUCAAAAGAGAGAUCCAGAUAAAGACGUGUGUAGAACAUCAGAGGAUACUGCGAAAAUACUGGGACUGAAGACAGAUCCUAUGCUUCAGGCCAGCAAAACUGCCGCUGACACAGCAGAAUCAAUAAGACCAAGAAGACUAAAGAAGUUACAGAAUCUGGUGCCAAAUACGAAAGGAGGACAACAAAGCACAAGUGGGAAAGAGAGGAGUCUGUCUGAGAAUUAUGAGCAUUUGACAGAUGUGUUAAGCUCCUAUAACCCAGUGUUGACCUGCAUCGGUCUGGGAAAGAAGCAGAAGAACCCGUCUGCCCCCUCUCCAUCUCUGCUGCAGCCCAAUCUGUCUCACGAGCACCCAGAGGAGAGGGUCUGGAGUCCUCUGCAGACCCCCUGUGAGCUGUGUAGACCCCCGCAGAGCUGCCCCGAGACCUCACACACGUUCACACACGAGCGAUGGGAGUGCAGCUCGGCUCUGUCUCUGCCUCGGACCGCCGCCUGGGACCGCUUCGAAACCCUCAUUCAAGAACUAGACAUCAGAGAACCAGAGCCGUGCCUGCACCGCAUGGCCCGAUCUAUCACCGACCUCGACUUUCACCAAGAUGAAUGGAGCAGAUUUGGGAGAUUUGACGCCUUCAGACAGCAGUGGCCUUUGACGAUGGAGCGAGAGACUGGGAGGGGCUGUACGAUGAAUCCAGCUGGGGAGCGAAACGUUACAUAUUCAAAACAGACUGAGGAGACAUCACAGAAAGACAGCGAGCCAAUCAAGACGGGAGAUACCACAGCCAUCAAUGUGAAGCAGAGCGGUCAUAGAGACGUAACCAAAGGACACAGUGCCUCUUUGGAGAGUGUGUACAGCAGCGGACAGAGCUCCUCCAGCGGAGUCACCAGUGGGUCAAACUGCUCCAGUAACAGGGCCAGUCUGAGGCUGGAUGAGGAACUGUCAGCCCCCAGAACCUUCUGUGGACGAGCCCGAGUGCACACGGAGUUUGUGCCCAGUCCAUACGACACAGAGUCUCUCAAACUCCAGGUUGGAGAUGUGAUUGACAUCAUUUCCAAACCUGCGAUGGGAACAUGGACCGGAAUCCUCAACAACAAAAUAGGUUACUUUAAAUUUAUCUACGUGGACCUUAUAAAAGAGGAGACCAAAAGUGGAGAUGCGUGCAUUCAUGAACUACUAAAGCGUUUUGAUUUAGAGGAGUACGCCUUGACUUUGCUGCUGCACGGUUACCAGACAGCUGAAGACUUGGUGAAGCUGACGGAGCAUCACCUGAUAGAGCUCAAAGUGACUGAUCCAAAACACAGGCAGCGUCUCCUCUCCGCUGUCAGCUCACUCCACCCGCUGCACCCUGAAGAGGAGGUCGUGUAUGAGAACAUGAAGAACUGCCCCAGAGACUCAGGCUGUGGGAUGGUAACCCCGGACGACGCCACGGAAAUACACUCUCCCUCUGAGCACAGUCAAACAGAAGUGGUCACCGUCUGUUGA